UAGUAGUAUGGUUCGGCAUCACGUUCUUCUUGACGUUUUUCGUAGUAGUAGUAUGCUUCGGCAUCACGUUUAUCUUCUUGACGUUUGUCAUAGUAGUAGUAUGGUUCUCGCUUGUCGUAGUAAUAGUAUGCUUCGGCAUCACGUUUGUCGUAGUAGUAGUAUGAUUAUAACAAUGUUAACAUCUAAGCCAGAUCUAGAUCACAGGGUUGCUUAUCGCUCUCCUGGAGAACUUCUGAGGAAGUUAUGGUCUACCCGGUUCAAUGAGAACUGA